GCGAGUAUCACACAGCGAGGUUUGCCAAUGAAAGCCUGGAACAAACGGUCUAAGGCUGUUGUGUCGACUUCGCAAACUUCCUGGAUAAACAGUUAACUCCACGGAAAAAGAAAUAAAGUUCUUCCGUUCCCUAAGAUGGACACAGUGGUGGACCUAAUGGCCGAGAAAAAGGGCGAAGAAGUUCGAAAAAGAAACAAACAAAUACCCUCCUGGGCGCCUGGAGGAGCUGAUUACGAUCCAAACCUACCCUAUGGGCCUAAAGUUUACGUGGCAAGACGGAAAAAACCAGAUCCGUGGUGGGUGACAGCUAUUGAGGUUACAGUAGUGGUUGGUGUUUUGCUCUUCUUUGUGUACAUGUAUUAUUAUAUGGAUCAUCUGCAUUUUCAUGUGCUGAAUGCUUACGCCAACGUUGGAGUCUCACACGCACAGCAUCAUGUAGCGCAUAAAUACCUUAAUGGGCGUGGAGUAUCAAAGGAUGAAAAAAUGGCCUUUUACUGGUUCAGAGAGGCUGCAAAGAAUGGACAUGGCCAUGGAGCUUAUAAUCUGGUGGCUGGACAUUUGCAAGGAUAUGAUACAGAGGUAGAAGAACAUGAGGUGGAACCCCUUCUUAAAAUGGCAGCAGACAAUGGUGUGGAUGAAGCCAAAAAAGCUCUCAAGGACCUGUAUCCACAUAGGUACACAUGACCCAUCAGACUGGCUGCCAGUUUUUUUUGUUUUUUUUCAUAAUACCUUUCUUACACCUAGAAGAGCAUGUUACCCUGAUUAUUUGAUCUCUUGGGCAUAGGUUUAUUUGGAAAGUUUCGUUUGUUCAAGUGCAAGUUUUGUUGGUGUGCAAAGGAUGUCAGGAAUUAGAAGCUGAGAAACCAGAUGUACCUCAGUCUUUCCCUCAACUAAGUAAAUAAGUUUUUUUUCUUCCUACAGGCUACAUAGUUAAUCACAAAAGUUGAGAAAAAAAUUAAGCAGACGAUGGAUAUGUUGUGUCACAGACAUAUUGAAUAAUAAUAGGAUAAAAGAUUUUUGCUGGUAUUGUUAAAAUUUCAGCCAGAAAGAUAUUUCUUUAAUGCAACAACUUCUCCUUUUGUUUAAAACCCCUAGUCUUAAGUCAUGUAGUGAUUUCUAAUCAGCACAAGAUCAUAGAGGUACAGCAUUCUUUACACAUCAGCUAAAAGUUGCUUCAAUAUUUACCAGAUAUUUAUUGUUAGGUGAUAGUUCUUUCACAGUCUGUUAUUUGUCACUGAUGUCAGUGGACAAGGAAUUAAUAUAUUAUUUAUUUGAGAACUAGUAAUAUAGUUUGAAGAUUUUAUUUGAUUGAAUGAGUUUAUUUGAUUGUCAGCAUUUAGAAGCAUGACAUAUUAGUCAAAGAUUUUCACCUUCUAAGUACAAAUUAACCAAAAGAAGAUAACUUUAAAUAUUUGGGUUGUUACUGGGCAUGGUUGUCAAUGUGUCAUAAAAAGCUGAAUGGAUUCCAUUUGGUUCGGUUGCUAUAUUUCUUCAGCCUGAAAAUGUUAACAGAAUGACAGCCACUUUUAUGGACAGUAUCAACAACCGUUUGUAGUAAGAAAACUUAAUAGUUAUAGCUUUUCAUGGUUGAUCAAAUUGGCUUUUAUAUAUGGAAACUUCUUGCUAUGUUGGUGUUCCUUAUACAGCCAACAUUUUGACUAAGUAGUCAGUUUAUUGCUGACUACCCACUAGCUGAUGGAGGACAUCAUAUCAAUUUUGUACUUGUGGAGUUAAUAAAUGAGUAAUUGAAGGCUGA